AUGUCAGUACGUACUCAAUCAGGGAGAACACAGAAAGUUAUGAUUCCACCUAUUAAUUUUAUUUUCAAACUUUUGCAACAACACAUUGAUGUGUGUAUAUGGCUAUAUGAACAGAUAGACAUAAGAAUUGAAGGGAAAAUAAGGGGAUUUGAUGAGUUCAUGAAUUUGGUAAUUGAUGAAGCAAUAGAAGUAGCCCAAAAAAAAAAUUCUAGACGACAACUUGGUCGUAUUUUGUUAAAAGGGGAUAACAUUACAUUAAUUCAAGCAGCUCAACUUUAA